AUAUGUAAGUUCACAUUUGUAUGAUGCGGAGAUAUGAAUUUAUGCACGAACUAAAUCGUGCGCUAGCGCUAGCUAGCUAGAGCUAGCUAGAUAGGAAAUUUCGAGUGGCUCAUAGUUGGGGCGAAUUGCCGACGCCAUAGAACAACAUGCAGUUCAACUGUUCAUCAAAGAUUUGAAGGAUCUAUGUUCAACCUCGUUUAGAUUGUUUCCAGUUCUAUUGCCUAUUGGAGUAUUGAGCUCUCAGCUCAGAUACACACUUUAUUUUAAGAAAUGCAUAUUGGACCGAGUUGUGUGACUCCAUGAUCAACCUUCUCUGGUGCUGAAUGUCCUACUGUUCAUGGAAAAACCACCUGAUUGGUACCAUCAAGUCAAUAUGGUACGCUUGAGGCGUCAGUGCUGCACUCUGUCAUUUCUCUUCAAGGGCUGUGUCUUUCUGCUUGCUGUCUCGAGUGUGCUUCUUCUCCUGCAAAGUAUCUGGAGCAGUGGCAGUGUAUUAGAAAGAACAGGAGGAGCCAAGUCUGGACGGUUGACCAGUAAUAAUAUUAACAGUGGUGCAUUCAUCGAUCGUGCAUAUUUACCAGAAGAGAAUUAUAUGAGCCACACUUCAGAUUGUGAAGUACCAAGAUUCAAUAGCAACUCAACUGUGCCACAAGAUGUGGUGUGCAAGAGAAUCUCACCUCGACCUGGGUCAUGUCAGCUUGCACAUGAACUGUACACAUCUCAGAAGGCAGCAACUUGCAGCCACCAGGAAAAAUACCAGCUGUGCCAAAUAAAGGGAGAGGGCAAAGAGAUGGCUGUUGAAUGCGACCAAGAAAUUUGUCCUGGACCGGUAUCCUUGGGGACUAUUAACCCAGCCAUCGGUGUGCUACACUGGGAGGAACUCGGUGACAUGAAAGAAUUGCAGACCCAUCUCCAACACUUACUCCUAACAGGCAAACCAGAAGCAGUCUUUGGCUUUUGCUUCAUCAAGUGUCCAUUAGAGUUAGAGGAUGCUCAGGAGGGUGGACAAGGUCGGGAGGAUGGUCAGGCAGAUGGACAAGAUGAUGAAGGUGAGGAGGAAGAGCUGGAGGAGGGCUUGGAGAACAGUUUUCAGGCAUUUGAGAAGGACUACUUUCAGGAGGACAUUGAAGAAGAACCAUGGGCACAACAGCUGCUCUUGCUUCCACCUAAGCUACAGAACAGUGACAGCAAAUCACGUAAUGAUAGUCCAGAGUUGAAUAUCAAUAUUAUUCUGCUGGAUUCAGUUUCACACAGCCACUUCUAUCGCUCUCUUCCAAGAACAGUUCAUACUUUACGAGAAAUAAGUAAGUUAAAAGCAGGCAAUGUUUUCAACUACAAUUUGGUGCAGUCUUUGAAGGGUCGGACUUAUGAAAACAUCCAAAUGCUCUUCUCUGGGUUUAUGUACAACCCAGAGAAGCCUUUCGGAACUCUUGACAUGCCCCCUGACCCGAUAGGUACCAAGGUACUUUUAGAGGGGUUUAAGCAUAUGGGAUAUGAAACCUUGUGGAUGGAAGACCUUUGUUGGACCUGGGAGUGGGGAAUUGCCAAAAACUUUGUUGUGCAUUCACCAAAGGAGAUGCUGAGCUUCCGCUGGAAGAAACUUCAAGAUGCUAUGAAGGAGGGUGGAGUGGACCAGCUGGGUUUAGCUUUAGCAAACUGUGAGAUCUUGCACAGAAACAACCACAAUGAUCCUUUCCAUGGACCACCUGCCAUCUGUUACAAUGGAGAAUACCAGCAUGCUUACAUGCUACAGUACCUUAAAAGUCUUCAGAAAGCUCAGCAAUCUACCAGGACUCCAUUCUUCCAUUAUACAGAAUCUAAUGUUGGUCAUGAUGAUCUUGGUGUAAGAGUCCAAGGUUUAGAUAAGGCCCUUGCUGAAUAUCUCAUAUUUGCAGCAUCGUUGGACAACACCAUGACAAUUCUUCUUGCCGAUCAUGGAAACUCUUAUGGGUCAUUUAUCCAAAAAUCAGAGGAAGGACGUAUUGAGAUGUUCCAUCCAUCAAUGUUUAUUUUGCUCUCCAAGAAUGCAGGACGGCUUCUCACCCCGUCCCAGAUCAAUGCGCUUCGAGUUAAUCAAGACCGGCUCACCAGCAUCUUAGACAUACACUACAUGCUCAGGUCGCUGGCGUACCCAGGUCUCAAUGCUAGGGUUGCGGAGUCUCAUCAACACUUUGACGUCAACCCUGAUGGACUUCUGCAGGAGGUGUCUAAGAAUAGGACUUGCGAUCACAUCCCACGUAUUCAACCAAACAUUUGCAUCUGUGAGGAUUAUGAUUCCAGGGUCUCUAAUGACACCAGCAGAGUGAUCUUUGCAGAAUUUGCACUCGGAGAGCUCAACAAUGCUAUCCAGAACCAGUUUGUAGAGGCACACCCAGAAGCCAGGACAGGAUUUGGACGAUGUCAACCUCUCCAUGCUCUCAGAUUUUCCAAUGUGCGAGAGAACUAUCACGGGGACAAUAAGAUUAUCAUCAAGCUGGAUCUGUACGUCAAAGCUGGGGAAAAUGCAUCUCAAACCGAGGAGAUCUUCUUUGUUACUCUCAUGGCUUCCAAUACCCAGCCGAGAGAACAGCUACGUCUCCUGAGCUAUGAACGUCUGACUGCCUACAGUCAGUAUGGUGCGUGUGCUGAUAAGGGUGUUGCUACCAAGCUCUGCGUUUGUUCACUUGCCAGAUUGGAUGCCGCUGCCAAGAGGGCCUUGGAAUACAGCUCUACCCCCAUGUGGCACAGCAUCUCAUCUUUCUUCAGGAAAUACGCCUCAACCAUAAAAGAGGUGACAUCGUGCCUCUAUCUCUACGAGAGACGCACGCCAAACGGUGUUUUGAUGGAGGCAUCCUGUGAGUGCAAAGAUAGACUGUACUUGGUGGAGAUAAAGUCAAAGUCCCAGAACAUCAUCAUGUCAAAAGAGUUACCAUUUAGCACUGUCUUGAAGCCAGGCAUGAGAACGUUUUUGAUCGCAUUUGUGCAGAGUAUUAGGAAGAGGGCGUGGUCAUUGGAAUACAGUGUGCAAUAUACUGAACAUCGGUUAGUGUGAUUAAGUACUUAAUAUUUAUAAAUAUGUAUAAAGUAUAUGUAUUAUCAGCUUUUUUCAAAGAUACAAUAUCUGGCUGAGAAUGUGAGAUAGUUUGGAUCAGGGCAUUUGUUGAACAUAACACAAAGCUUUUCAUUCAUCAUUGGACUGACAAUUAUGAUUGUUUGUUUAGAACUAUUGUUUCAUGCAAUCAACAAUGUUAUCAAUCACAAUGCUUUAGGACCCCCUUGUUCUGUAUGAUUUGAUGUUCUUGCAUCCAUGGAUUAUAAUGAGUACCAUUACAAAUAUUCAGGAUAUUUUUUAAAGCAAUCUGACUCUACAUCCAUGUUACCAUGUAGAUAAGAGAUUAAAAACUAAUUCAUUCACUCAUUAUCUUCCGAUAAUAGGCUUCGUGAAAAAUAAUUUUUCGCAAGAAAACUUUGGUUAGAAAUUUGGAAUGCCUGUCAAGUAAGGUACCUAACCAUAUAAUAUAAGCAUCUAAGACCCCUGUUACAUCUGAGAGAUUCCCUACCUCGGGCCGGCCCAGGGCCUACCUCGGGUCGGAAAGAAAUCAGAUGUAAACAUCCCAAACCUACCUCGGGCCACCUUUUAGCGAACCUACCCGAGACCACAUCCAGAGGUAGUCUCGGGUAGGUAUCGGGCUGGCCCCGGUCCACCGAUUCGUAGAUGUAAACGCACACAAGCUUUCGAACCUAUCUCGGUCCGUUCGCCAGCUGUCAAAUUACGUCAUAGCACGCGCUAUCCCCUCCCCAGCCCCGUCGUUCUUCGAAUGUUUUGCGGCAUGCGACAUGUGAAAUGUGAUUGAUAAAGUCUUUGAUUUGAGUGGAAAGAAGCAAGCAUUUUAAACGUAUCCUUUUCAAGUCGAUUAUAUCUUCAACGACUGCUGGGAUCAUCAGCAUUCUUCCAGAAUCUCGGGUAAAGGUAAAGAUAAAGAGUCGUUACGACUCUCUCUGGAAAUGAUCGGCACAUGUCCCACCCUGUUAUGUAACCAAAUGGCGAGCUAGCAGCCGACGAGUGUAACGAAAUGUAAACAACUUCAAUUAGCGCGCGCAAAUUAUUCAGAGCCUAGAUCGAGAGCGCCCUUUGGUGUCAGCAGUCGGAUACCUCUCGAAACCGCACCGAUAGGGGAGGGAAUGAACGCUGUGAUGUAAACAGACCACAUUUCGGACUCGGUCCGUUCGCGAAGCUAAUCCACCAAUAAUCCAGUCAAGGUUGCAAGUGGACUCGGUCGGGUCUCGGGUAGGAAACUUUCAGAUGUAACAGGGGUCUAACACUGAAUUAAAUUUUGCACCUGAGGCGAUGAGGUAUGAAGAAUUAUCAGUAUUGUAGUUAUAAUGUGAGCAUUGUCUUUACUAUUGUUUGUUGUAUGUUUUAAUUGAGGUAUAUAUUGCACAAAAUUUGUACACGCAGCUUGUGUUUUUUUAAGUACAUGAGUGGUGCUCUACAAGUUCACUUUUGUAUGGAGAUUGAAGUACCUACAUGUACCUGCAGAAAUCAAACAUUGUGUUGAUAUGCUGGUAUAGUGUGAUAUAUUCUUAUACAAGUAUCUACAUGUACAUAACUCAAUGGUUCUUAAGAGCAGUACUUAGUUGGCAUCGACUCCAUUGCAUGUAUCGUAGCCUUCUUAAUAAUUUUUUUCUUUGACUUAGAAGAAAAAAGAAACUUGGAUUGGUUUUUACUGGGCUAUAUAUCUUUGAUGGGGAGAAACCAACUCCAAAAACCAUCAAGGUCUAAUUGUGUUGAAAAUCGUUUUGUAAACAAUGUUUCAUUAUUUGAUCAUUUAGCUAUGUCUUUUUUUUUAAUAUGUACUUAAUACUAGUUGAUUAUUUCACAUUGAUAUGUGCAGUAUUCAUCAUUAAUGAGUUUUUAAGUAUCAGACUUUUUUCUAGAAAAUACUGAAAGGGGGGACCCAAUUAUGUUCAUGAAUAUAUGUUGUGUGUAUUUAUGAGGUUUUGAAAGUACAGAAAAUUAAUUUGUAUAAGCUCUUAGAAUUUUAAACUGUACUUAAUAUACAGGGGUGGUAUUCUGGAACACUGUCAUAAAUUUUGUAAUUUCUCUCCGAGAAGUGACACCGCUAUGAUUGUCCCAAAUCGGUAUUUGGAACAUUGUCUUUUCCCCGUCAUAUUUCUCUCAGUUCCCGCCCCAUCUUUUCGGAAGCAAACCAAUCAAAAUCAUUGUUAGAUCCCAGUGAGAGCCCUUCUAGCCAAUAGGAAGGUGCGGUGGCAGGUAGGGCAUAUCCCCAAUACAGUUGCUAGCCCGGGGGGGGGGGGGGGGGGGAAUACCGCCCCAGGGUUCCAAAGAAAGACUUAGACCUACUUAUUUUGAUUAAAGAAUUAUUCAAACUCAUUUAUAGGUAUUGUUUAAUAUCAAAAUAAAAUAAUUUUUCCUUUAGGACAUACAUGCUUAUAUUUACUCUAUAUUAAUUGAGGUAUCAGUACUGCAACACUUGAUAUUUUAUGUUAUUUGAUUGACGACAACAAUAUAAAUGCAUUCCAAGUGGAUGCUGUGAUUCUAAAGCAAUUGUAAAUACAUCUAUAGCACAAAUAAUUAUUUAUUUUUUACGUCAUCAUCUAUCAGCUGUACAGUACGUGUAUUUUACCAGAGAGGUGUGUGGUCCAAACAGUCGCCUUUCAUGGUAAACUGCUUGAAAAAUUUGUAGGUAGAUAGGGAGAAAUUUAAUACAGGUACAUGUAUUUUAUUCUUUAAUCCUGGACGCAUCAUAAAAACUGCUGAUUGUUGAUAAAGAUUAAAUAACAGACAGCAUUUAUUCAGUGUUUGUGAACAAUACAGUUAUCAAGAGCAGGUGUCAUAUUGGUUGUCAAAAUUUAAUGUGCAAUAUUGCUGCAAUCAAUCUAUUUUCAAUAUCACUGCAUUUAUUUCUCAUACAUUUAUUGAUGCAGGUAUUGAUUACACUCAUGUUUGUCAGAGAGUAGUUUAGUACAAAUUUUUUUUUUAGGCGAAAACUUAUUAUUGAAUAGCUGAAUGAUGUACCUGUAAUGAAAGCUCGUUACGUGAGUUUUCAGAAUUUAAUAUUCUGUUUCAUGUUCACAAGGGUCCUGGUGUGUAUAUCAUACAGUUAUGCACGCAUUUUACGCACAACCGGGCCCCGUUGCAUAAUAGUUACCAUAAUGGUAUCUUUACCAUCCAAUGGUAACUACCAUGGUAACGGUGAUCAAUAGCCAAUAAAAAUCACUUGGAUUCCAAUACCAUAAUGGUAACUUUUGUGCAAGUGGGCCCUGCCGCCCUGGAAUAUUUUCUAAAGUGGUAAGUCAGCUACACAGGGAUAUAUCAUACUGUACAAGAAAGGAUCACCAGUCAUGUGCGUAAAGUUGUUUGUAGUUUACAAAACUGCUUUAUGUAAGUCCCACUUACUAUAAGGCAGAAAGUAUAGCAGCAUCCUGUGAACACUUUUAUGAGCUGUAUCUUAAAUAUUAUGAAUCUUCCUUUCUACAACUCACAAAUUAUUUUCAUUGCCAAAAGAAAAAAAAAAAAAUUUGAUAAAGUUUUUUUGAUGAAAACAAAUGUUUUAGCAGUAACAGUGUAAUAACACUGGAGUGAAUGAUAGCUUGAUGAGGUUUCUAUGACCAUGACGUACUGAACAUCAUUGUCCCCUCCCCCCCCCCCAAAAAAAAAAAAAAAUAGCAAGUUGAUAAGUUCCAUGGCACAUUGUGUGUGCUGACAUGCAUCAACAAUUUAAUUGUUAAAAGUGCUUGCCUCUAGAAAGUAUGAUUUUCAUAUUUAAAAAAUUGAAAGCUCUCUUAAAAAAAAAAGCAGAAGGUUCUUAGAUAUUGACACAGAUUCGAAAUGUGACUUCAAAGAUUGCGCUCUUUCUGUCUUUGUAAUUUCCAUUAUGUAAAAUGUGUUCAGUAUGAAAAUGACUUGUUUAAUACUUAUAUUGAGAACAAUAUUGUUCCGUGAUACAUGGUCCUAGAAAUUGUAAUGAGAUAUAAUUUCAUUAAUUUAUUUCUCUGUUUCAAAUCAAAGUUACCCUAUCUAUUAUUUCUGCUCAUGAAAUACAUGGAAAGUGUGCUGUGAUUUUAUACACCCUAUGUAUUCAUUGGCAAGUGUUGCAACAAGCAAAAUGAAACAUAAAUAUCAUCUACUUAAAAUAAAUUUGUAGCAAUUACUUAUUUUUCUAACCAUCUUAGUGUAGAUCUAUGCAUACAUGUAGUUAUUCAUUGAAUAAAUUAUAUCUCUAACUUUGAA